AUGAAUAAUAAUAGUAAUAAUAAUAAUAAUAAUAAUAUAGACCAAAAAAAUGAAACAACCAACGAGAUAACCAAUAAUACUAGUAACAACAAUAAUAUAAUAAAUAAUGUUAACCAAAACUCAACAUCUAUUACAACAUCACCAAUUUUAUCACCAAACAAUAAUAUUAAUGAUAAUAGUAUGAUGGAUGGCAAAAGAUUAUGUGCAUCAUCAAAAAAGGUUUGUUCAAAACGUCCAAUGGAGACAUAUAGAUUUUGUAUUAAACAUAUUUUAGAGGAACCAUCUGCACCAUUUAAACAAUGUGAAUUCAUUUCAUUAAAAUCACAAAAACAAUGUACAAAUCCUGUAUCAAUUAAAGAAAAAGAUCCAAGAUUUUGUGUUUCACAUAAACAUAUUAUAGAAAGUACAAAAAAACGUGUACUUGAAUCAGUUGUAUCUUCAAUAACCUCACCUUCUUCAUCAUCUCCAUUACCAAAUGCCUCUCUUAUUGGCAGUAAUUCAAAUAUAACCUCACCUUUACAAAAUUUAACAACUUUAAAUGCAUUCACAGGUAACAAUAACAAUAACACUACAACUACAACAACCACCACCACCACAAACUCAACACCAUCUUUAAAUUUUGAUCAACAAAUCAAUAUUGAUAUUGAUAAUAUUAACGGAGGAGAUGAACCAAAUCUAUCAUUAUCAGCAUCUUCAUUCAAUUUUAAUAUUAUCUCAAAUAAUGAUGAAGAACCAAAGAAAAAGAUUAUGAAAAUUCUUGAUCGUCAUGGUAUUUCUCAAGGUAGAUUCUAUCAAGAUUUUAAACAAAAUUUAAAACAAUUAAAACAAAAACAUAAACAAAAACAACAAUUACAAAAUCAAAAAAUGUUUGAACAAUCACAACAACAAGAUCAACAACAAAAACCUGUACAACAACCAAUUCAACAACAACAACAACAAGAUCAACUACAAAUACAAGAAGAACGACAAGUAUCACAACAAGAUGAAAUAUUAGAAAAGCAACAACAACAACAACAACAACAACAACAACAACAACAACAACAACAACAACAACAACAACAACAACAACAACAAAAAAAACAACAACAAGAACUACAAAUUGAAAAUAAUAAAGAAAAUGAAAAUAUAAAUGAAUCCAAUUAUUUUGGUGAAGAAUUUAUAGAAAAAGAUUUAGAGAUUGAAUUAUUUAAAGCAAUGGAUGAUGGACAUUUAUCAGAGUUAUGCGAAGAUUUUGAUUCUGAUUUUUAUUUUGCAUCAUCCUCUGUUCUCACCGAUGAGGAAUUAAUUCAAAGAAGAAAAAUUUAUAUUUCAAAAUUAAUUUUAUUAUAUAAAAAACAAUAUAAUAGAUUUAAAGAAAGAUUAAGAAUCAUUAGAAGACAUUAUAUUUCAACUUCAUUAUCAUUAAAUCAACAAAAUGAUUCAAAUAAAAUGGAAAUUGAUAAUAAUAAUGAUAACAAUAUUAAUAAUAAUAAUAAUAAUAAUAAUAAUAAUAAUAAUAAUAAUAAUAAUAAUAAUAAUAAUAAUAAUAAUAAUAAUAAUAAUAAUAAUAAUAAUAAUAAAUUAAAUAAAAGGAAAGAAGAAGGUAAUUUAUGUUUAUCAGUUAAUUGUAAAGUUAAACCAAUGUUAUUAUCAAAAUAUUGUUAUAGUCAUAUACUUCAAGAUAAAGAUCAAAAACUAUUUCAUGAAUGUACUUAUCAAUUGAGUGCAAAUAAGAAAUGUGGUUAUCCAAUUUUAAAGGUUCAAAUACCAACAUUAUGUAGAGAACAUUUAGACAUUUAUGAAACUAAUAAUGAAAUCAUUAAAUCUUUACCAAAGAAACAAAAACAAUUUAUAAAACAAAGAAUUGAUAUUGAAAAACAUAAUGCUCCUUCAACAUUAGUACCUGUUACUCAACCAAUUAACCAAAAUAAUCAAAAUAAUAAUAAUAAUAAUACUAAUAAUAGUUCAAAAGAGGAAUCAAAAGAUAACAACAACAACAACAAUAAUAAAGAGAUUUUGAAAGACAGUGAUAAUACAAUGAUAAGUUAA